GCGAUUCCACUCAACUCAUCGUUCACUAUAUCUUUGGAGCUGCACGAAUACUACGGCCUCUAAAUCAUCCGACCCUUGUCUUUUCUAAACCCUACCUGCCUAAAGCAAUCAAGGCCCGGCAUCACCCUUCAGCCAUCCUUCGCCCACCGCGACGAUGGCCUCAACAUCCCAGCCCCAACCCAACGGGGUUCCCUCGUCUUCGGCAGCAGGCCCAUCACAAUCCGGCUCCCAGCCAACUCAAAAUACCGCAACAAGCGGGACUACGACCGUCCAAAAUACCCAAGCAACCAACUCCUCAACAAACAACACCGCCACACAACCCGGCGCCGCCAACGCCGCGCCCCAACAACAACAACAAACCCCCUCUUCACCCACGCCCUCACACGCCCCGCGCCCUAGAGACGCGCGCACAAUCGAGCUCCUCCUAACCUCGCAAGGCGUAACAUCAUUCGACCAGCGCGUGCCCCUCCUUCUCCUAGACUUCGCGUACCGCCACGCGUCGUCCGUCCUCUCCGACGCGAUCCACCUAUCCACAGACCCGUACACAUCGCACGCGGGCUCCAAACCGAGCGGGUCGUCUGGCGCGGCGCCCAGCGCUCCGGGCGUCACCGACGCCGUCGUCAGCCCCAACGCGAUCAACCUAGCGAUCGCGUCGCGGCAGUCGUUCCAGUUCCGCGGGGGCGCCGGGGGGGCCGCGGGCGGCGGCGGCGCGAGCAAGGACUGGCUGCAGGAGCUCGCGCGCGAGCGCAACAAGGUCGCUUUGCCGCGCGUGCUUGCCAACGAGUGGGGCGUCCGCUUACCCAACGAGCGCUUUGUGCUCGGCGGCCAGGGAUGGGGGCUCAAGGACCAUUGGGAAGGUGAGGGCGGUGAUGAUAGUGAGGACGAGGAUAUGGAGGAGGAUGGGAGUGGGAAGAAGGAUGGUAAUGCCUCCGGUGCUGGUGGUGCGGCGGAAGGAACGCAGGAGGGCGAGGGUGAGGGUGGGGGCUUGGAUGAGCUGCUCGGUGAUGAUAUGGUGGAUGAGGAUAUGGAGGGUAUGGAGUGAUCGGUUGACUACCAUCCGUUGCGCUUAUGGUCUUGCCGAGUAGGUUUGGUGAGGAGCACGGAAAUUGGCGUUACGGUUUUGAGGAGGUAUUACGAAUACGAAUGGAGUAUUCUGCACGUUCUACGACGAUAUGCAUAUUGCAUAUUCGUCGACAGACAAAUUU